GCAUUUCCUAGCAGAGGCCAUGCACAUUCUGACUGUUUUCGCUAUUUCUUGCUACAUGGCCACGUUCGCCCUCAGCGCACCUCUGCCGGAAAGAAGCGCACUUGUUGAAGGUCCGGAAUUUCAAAAGAUUGUACAGAACUGCAAGCAGUUGACAGAGAAGAUCCUUCUCUCGAUCCCCGAAACACACAAAUCCUGCAUUAAGACGGAGACUCUGCAGCUGAACUCCACAGAUAAUGCGCAGUUUGAGAUCAUGAGGUCCAGGCUUGGCAUCCCCUCUGCUCCUCAUAUCAAAGCCCUGUCAGAAAACGUCACUUUGGAGGACGGUUUGAGACAGCUCUAUGAGGGUCUGCAGACGUACCGGGCCUUGCUGAGCUCCCUCAAAAACUACCCCAGGCUGGCAAACAAAGAUAGAGUCACCGAGCUAAUGGCUGAUGUACGAGACCUCGCCAUUCAGAUCAAAGAGAUGUUAAAAAUUGUCCAUCCACAAGGUUCACCACACCCCACCAAACCCUCCGCGCCCUUAAAUCUACCAGCAGAUUAUGAAUUUCAGGUGGCAGCACACCUGACUCUGGUGGACCUCCAGUCUUACAUUCAGGACCUGGUCCGCUUCCUCAGGACUCUGGACCGCAGCACAGAGGUGGAGACAGAGUCCUGACCAAAAAGUGUCACACUUUGCUUUUGGCUCAUGUCCAAAAUGUACGUUAUGGUAUUUAUUGAUCUGUGAAAGCAUUAUUUAUUUUUGUAUUUGCAUUUCAUAUUUAUAUAUUUAUUAACAGAACUGGACUGGACUAUUUAUUUUCACAGGUUAAAACUAAGGAAAUGUUAACACAAUUGACUAAUGCUCUGUAAAGCAGUACAUUAAGGUAUUUGACAGUUGAUUUAAGGUGUUGGUGGCACGUUAAUCGAUACCAACAGCAGAACAUGAGUAAAAUUGUAUAUUUUUGUAUUAUUUUUAUUUAAAUUAUAAUAAUAAUGUCUGUAUUUUCUUAUUUU